AUGCGGCUGCCUGCAGGGUCUGCCGCGGAGGGCCCCGCGGUGGACAGGGGGCUGCGGACGGCGAUUGCGCUGGCGAAGGAGGCGGCGGCGCGUCAGCUGGCGGGCGAGCGCUCGGAGCUUGCAGGGGAGGAGCGACACAGGGGGAACGGCCUUGCAGAAGGCAGCGAGGGGGGGCGUCGUUUUUCGAGCCCGUCCAGCAGCCGGUCGUCCUCGCUGACAAGCGGCUCCUACUACGACAGCGAAGGCCACGCGCUGUCGCACUACUCCUCGCCGACCUCGUCGUACAACUACCACGACGAUCAGUACUCCUCUGACGCCUCCCUGGAGUCGAGCAGCUGCACCAGCCGCUCCAGCUCGCGGAGCUACGGAGGGCGCCUGGGCGAGCGCGCGUUCUACAGGCCAGAGGCAGACGAGCCCAACGCGGCGGGGGACGCGCCGUGGCAGGAGAUCCCCGCGCGCGUCGACGUUGUCAUUGUCGGCGCAGGCCCGACUGGCCUCGCUCUCGCCAUCGACUGCCAGCGGAAGGGACUCUCGUACAUCUGCGUAGACGUUCGGCAGGAAAUGGCGAGCGACAGUCGAGCUGUCCUUCUCCACCCCAGAACGCUAGAAAUCAUGCAGGAUCUCGGCGUGGCGGACGCGUUGAUUCUUCGCGGCAUUCGCCUCCGCGGUCUGCGCAUGUUUGUGAACGGGGCGUUGGUUUCAGAGACGCCGUUGGGUCCUCUCGUCGUCCCCCCCCAUCCGCAGCCUGGCGGCCUGCCGCUCUCUUCGCUUUCCUCGGCGUUUCUCUGCGCGAGCGCCGCUGCAGCCCCGCCGGCCUCCAGCAGCAGCAGCGCCACGCCCUUCCCCUACGCUGUCGUUCUCGACCAGAGUGCAACCGAGGCGGUGCUCCACGAGCGUCUGCGGCAGCUUGGAGGAUUUGUUCAUCGCCCCGUUGCGGUGUGGCGCAUGGAGCACCAAGACGUGGCGGAGCCAGCUUGUUUUGCAGUGCCGCCCCGUCGGCGGAGACACAGGAGACAGCGGUCUCCAGCUCGGCGGGGCGCCUCGUCGGGCUCCUCGCGCCAGAGAGAAGGCCGCAGCAGCGAGAUGUCCUACCGCUCGGGAGAGGACGCCUCCUCUGUCCGCGAGAAAGCGAGUCCAAAUCACACAGCGAGCGAGGCAGCGUCACCGGUUUUCUCCGCGGAAGACGGCUUGGAGGACGAGAGAGAGAAGAGGGAGGUUCCCAGCAUGGGCUCCGGUGACAAGGAAGGAAAGGCGCCGGCGGCUGGGCGAGCGCAAGAGGACGCAGAGGACGACGAGGGUCGCCGAGCGGGCGCGAGGAAGAGUGGAGCUGAAAUAGCGGGCGGCGAACGCGAGGGCGAUGGCGCGGAGAAAAACGGCGAGAAGGUGAUGAAUGGAGUCGGAGAAGAGGCGCGUUCUCCCGGGAAAGACCAACGCGUUCCAGAGGAGGCGAUAGCGCGUGCAGGAUGGAGUCGCCAAGGAAGCGCAGCCGCUCCUUCAAAGCUGCCUCAAGAGCGCUUGUCGCAUCGCUGCUUCACUACAGUUGGGAACCCAAAGCGAGACACCGGCCGCGGAGGCGACGACGACGCCUCAUCUAUUGCGCCCGGCUUCUUCCUUCACGAAGAACGCGACUCGGAGGAGGACGAGGAUGUCGACGGGUACCCAGUCACCAUCCACAUGGCGAAGCUGUCGGACUCAUUCGGGAUCAACGACCCUGCGUUCAUCUCCGUGAAGUGCCGGUACGUCGUUGGAUGCGAUGGGGCGAAGUCGAUGAUUCGCAAGGCGUCCAGCGUCACCUUUGACGGGACUUCGCGGACGACGGAGUUUGUGCUGGCGGACGUCUCGCUGGACUGGUGCAAUAUGACCGGAAGCAGCGGCGUGGGACAUCAGGAGGUCUCUUCGCUGUCCGAUCCUGCCCUGGUGGUGCCUGACGGCUCCUCAGCUGAGAAAGCCGAAAUCGUUGCGACGCUGCAUCGAAUUCUCGACAACUCGCCGCUGGAUCGGCUCAAUCUCUUUCUCUCUGAGGCAGGCUCGCUGUUCCUCAUCCCCCUCCUUCCUCCGUACGACCGCGUGCUUCCAUGCACCUCCUGUUCAGCGGCGGACGAUUUCGCGACCUCAGCGCACUCGUCGCCCCUGGCGCGCGCGGCCUCCGUCGACGGCGACGACGCGGGCUCUGACCGCGGUCGCGGCUUCGCCCCGGCCGAAGCCAGGGGCUCCAGGGGCCGAAGAGACAGCCUGGAGCGCGAGGCGGACCGGGACGCCGAAGGCCGGACGAGCGCGAGAGACGGGGGGCAGAGAGAAGGAGGCUUGGGGCGCGCGAGCGCGCUGCUGGCACACACCGAGGCCUCGGGAAAUCUCCGAUGGAGAAUCAUGGCUGUCAGGGACGUCCCGACUGCGCGCGGCCCCUCUUCGCCGAGAGGCCGCGGAGACUCCGCCGCGCCUGCGAAUCGAAGUGACCGAGAGGGCGAAGCAGACGGCGGAGCGAGCGCCCGCGAAAACGGCACCGGAGCUGCUGCUUCAGACAGGGGAAAGGGCUCGACUUCCUUCGUUUCAGAGGACGAGUUGAUUCGCCUGAUUGAGAAGAUGCUGCCGGGGACGAUUGUGCGGAGAGUCCACUGGAGCAGCGCGUAUGCGGCCAGCAGUCGGGUCGCGAGUCGCUUCAAGGAAUGCCGGUGCUUCCUCGCGGGAGACGCUGCGCAUGUCCAUCCUCCGUUCUUCUCAGAGGGCCUCAACCUCGGCGUUCAGGACGCCUUUAACUUGGGAUGGAAACUUGCCAGCGUGUUGAAGGGAGGCGCGAGCACACGGCUUCUCGAAUCGUACCACCAAGAGAGGCACGAAGUCGCGAAGGAAGUCAUGCAGCGCGCAAGCCGGACGCUCGGGUUCCUUCUCGGCACUGGCGGCAAGCCUUCGUUUCUGUCGCGGUGCGUCUUGCAGGUCGUUGGGCCUCUUCUCUCCCGGUUGCCAGUUCUUUCUGAGGCCGUCGCGAGGAGUCUGUCGGUCGUAGACGUGACUUACCGAGCCCCGAGCGACGUCCUCGGAGUGGAGGGAGCGGCGUCGUACGCGUCUCUCACUCCUGGCAUGGAAGUCCCCGACUGCCUCGUGAAAGUAACCGAGAUCUAUCGAGCGAGGACGCCGCUGCCUCCGCCGGCUCCGCCCACGUAUCUGUACGAGCUUCUAGGGAAGAGUCAGCACGUUCUGCUUCUUCAUCUGCUCCUGCUUCCUGCCGGCUCUCGCGUCCGGAACGUUUUUGGCUGUGAGAUGCCAGGCGGGCCCCUCGCCGGUGAGUCGUCUUCUGUUCAUCUGCUCCCUCUCGCGGUACAACAGCUCCUGCUUCAGUGCGCUCGCGCGCCUGGCGCGGCUGGCGGCACUGGCGAGCUCCGAGCGUCGAGGGCGGGGGGGGGAGGCGAGGUGGAGCGCGCGCUGCCGGAGACCGACUGGCUCCAGACCGCGACCGCGUCUUCGCGGCAGGGGCCUUCGCGGGCGAGGCGCGGCAGGAAGACGUGGGGCGGCUUGCGCAUCGUCUGGUGCAUUCACGGCUCGCUGGCCGCGCCGCACACGGUCGCGACUCCGACGUCCAUCACAACGGCGAUGCCUCGCAGCCACGCGCUGCUUCUUCAUCCCCCCGGCCGAAGCGGAAGCACAGUCGGCGUCCCGUGGGCUGCAGUCCCCAGUCGCACGUUUUCGUUUCUCCGCGGCUUGAGUUCUGCGAACGUCUUCGGAACUGAGCCGCGGGGCGCCGCGGGCGACGCGCCUGCAGACGUCGAGGGGCGGGGGAGCGGGCUCGAGGGGCCUCUGACGUCGAUUUUGUCUUCGACAAAAGUCGACCUUUUCUUUCCAUCGCUACUCAAGGGCGGAGGGGCGCGGGGCCUCGAGGCUGCGGACGCCGAGCGCCAGCCCUCGGACGGCUCUGCGGCUUCGGGUGAAGGGGGCGCCGCCCCCCGGGGGCCGGGAGGCCCGGCGGAGACCAGGGACGGCCGCGGGCCCGGGAACUUGGGGGAGAGCCGGAAAGCGGCGGGAGGCUCUCUGGGGUCGCUCUCGAGCUGGAUUUACGGAACGCGAGUCGCAGAAGGCAGCCCUCACGCAGACGGGGCGAACGGCUCCUAUUCGUCGUGGAACAAUUCGCGGUUCUACGCGCACCAGUCGACCGGCGGAGGAAGCGACGACGACGACGGCGGAAACGAGCCUUCAACCAUUCUGCUGCGGCGGCACUUACUCGAGUUGCUUCCGAGCGGCCUGCUGUCGCAGCUGCAGGGGCCGGCGCUGCCGCAUCCUUCGCUCCUGCUAGUCGACUUUGUAGACGAGGUCAUCACCAAGUUCGGCCUCAGACUCGCGCCGCCAGGCACCGCCCACGCCGCCGCUCGCAGCGGCGCGUUCACGCUGAUCAGACCCGACGGUCACGUGGCGCAGGGAGGAUACGCCGGCGACGCUGUCGCGUCGCGGGCUCUCUUGGACUAUUUCAUGAAUUAUUUUUGA